AUGAAACCCAUCGAAACAUUGAUUGCUUUCGCAAAUGUAAACGCAUUUGUAGUGAAAGACGGCAAUGAUUUCUACGAUGAGGUCCGGAAGUCGAGAGAUUUUACGGGAAAAGUAGUUUUGGUGACCGGAAGUGCUUACGGUAUCGGCGAAGCCGUCACUAAACUAUACUCGGCUUUAGGGGCAGAGGUUGUGGUCACGAGUUAUAAGAAGACAGACAUCGAUAGAGUUGUCAAAGAAGUGAAGGCAUUAUCACCGAAAGGAUUAGAGCCGUUAGGAGUUGUGGCGGAUCUGACCAAAGAGGCCGAUAUAAAGGCCUUAUUUGAGCAAACGAUCAAAAAAUAUGGUAAAUUAGAUGUAUUGGUGAAUACCGCGGGUCUCUAUCGGAAGGCAAACAUAACUGAAGACACAUUUGAAGCCGAAUUGGAAACCUCUGAGAAGAUAGAUAUCAUAGCAUCGGUUAAACUGAUUCGUUAUUUCUUACCGUAUUUGGAGAAAACAAAGGGAAAUAUAAUCAGUUUGACGAGCGUUUUCACUGAACACCUGCAAACAAAUAAAAUUGGUUACGAAGUGGCGAAAGCGGGUCUUGAAAUCAUCACCAAAGGGUUGGCGUUAGAGUUGGCCCCGAAAGGCAUUCGUGUGAAUUGUAUCAGUCCGGGCAUUGUAUUGACACCACCCGUGGGCUCCGAUCCCUAUGAAGUGGCCUUUUAUAAGAAAACGGCUGAUUUGACACCACUGUACCGACGGGCCGGUGCUCCACAAGACAUCGCAAAGGCUGUGGUAUUCCUGUCCUCAACUGACGCCCAAUUUGUUACGGGAAAUAAUCUGGUGGUCGACGGAGGGCUCAGAUAUAACAUGGCGUCAGAUUUCCUGUGGGACGUCACUAAAUAUCAGUAA